AUGCCCCGCAGAAGUUCCUCCAAGAGCACUUCCGAACGCGCCUCUGCAUUGAACGCAGCCGCAGCCACAUUUUCGCCGACUCAACUUUCUGUUGUCCAGCCCGUCGGUAUCGAUAUGCCCGACGCCAGCUCCGAUGGAGCGGAUUUCGUUCCGGCCGAGUAUGUCAAGGAGGGCGAGGACAUUUUGACGGUCGAUGGUCUAGCGGCGGAUGCUGAGACAUACGUGCCGUUUUCGGGGUUUCAGUUGAGGAGGGAGGAAAUUGAAUGGGAGGCGUUUCAGAUCCAAAAGGCAAAAUUGGAGCUCCACUCGACACAUAGGCUUGAGGUUGAGAAAGUAACGUUGGGCCUUUCCUUAGAAAUUGAACGGCUGAAGCAAGAGUUGAAUGCGAUCAGGAACUCGAAUAAUGGGAAUGGGAAUGGGAAUGGGAAUGGCAACGAGAAUAGAAAUGCGGUGGGUGGGGGCAAUGGAGAACCGCUCGCUUAUGCCGAGAAAGAAAAUCAGGGCGAUAUCGACAACGACGAGGAAGCGGAGAAACCUGAUGGGGAGGCCGUAGUCGGCAAGAAGAUAAUCGCAUUUCUCCGGCUGACAAAGGAUGUUCCUUACCCGCAUCGCCUGUAUGGUAAAAACAAUUACUCAAGCUGGCGGGAAUCGAUCCUUUCCAUUGCUGAGACUACAGGAUGCAGCCAUAUCAUCGAUGACGGGCAAAAAUGCUCUCCCUUCACGGACGAAAAUACGUACUUAUGGGACCAACAGAAUGACUGGCUGUAUGAUUUGAUAUGGAACUCGCUAAGUUCCCGGGCAAUGGAGUCGGUCACUCAUCCAAAGAGACGCUCUGCAUAUCUUCUCUGGAAUCAGCUGGAAUCUACAUUCCGUCAGCCGCUUGAAGAGGAGCGCCGCUCCAUUUUCCACAGCCUGUAUCUGUCUCACCAAACCAGUGAUAGGGAAUAUAUCAAACAGUUUCAGGAGGCGAGGAGGAAGCUGGAGAAGCUUGGAUUUCCAGUUCCUGAUUGGCUGUUAUAUGAUAUUUUGUAUGAGAGUGUUUCAAGCACUUCGCAAAAUAUUAUCCGUACAAAUUUUAUACUGAAACAAGAAGAGACGCCCAAGUCCGUGCCUCAGACUCUGGAUAUUGAUAUAUUGAUUGAUGAGCUGGUUGCCUGUUUACCCCAAGAGGGAAACGUUGUUAUUAUCAGCACUAUUUCGAGCGAUGACAGUAAUACUGAUCUGUCGUCCACCACAUCGCCCGUUACUCCGUCUACCACGAUCACUGGCAGAAUUAGGUCUACUUUCACAAACAACGCCAGCAGUGAUGGCGAUAAUACUCAUAGUCUAACAGCUGGGUCACACUCGAAGAAGAAAAACGGGAACAACGGACAACCCUCGUCAAACACAAAUUAUACAAACAGCAUGGAGACGACAAGCAACGACAGCAGCGGUAGCAAGGAUGAACGUCACCCGACCCACAUCCAAUCCCGACCAGACCCGACUGCCAAAUGCACAUUUUGCGCGCGAUCAGGCCAUGUGGCGUCCGUCUGCUUCUUAAAACACCCGGAACUGGCUCCUGAGCGUUGGCGUCGCCAGAACCAGCAAGCAAUAGAAUUCCGUCAAAAGGAGGUUCGGGGACGACAGCUGCGAAAUCGACCUUCCGCAGGCCACUCACAGCAGGACCAAAGCAAGAAUCGGGGCCGAGAUCAUAAUAAUAACACUAAUAAUAAUAAAAAGAACUCAAAGCCGGUAUCUGCCAGUCCGAGUCGUUCCAAUAAUGAUGUGAGCCAGGGCAUGAAGGCUAUUGCGAGCCAGUUUUAUGAAGAGAUGGACAAUGAAGUUUGAGAACCUUGCUUCCUUUUUACUACAUUGGAAUUCCUUGGACUACAUAGGAUUCUUUGGAUGCGGUUUGGCGUGAUGCACCCAACACGCGACUUGACCCUUGAUUCUGUUUGUUCUUGCAAUCUGCCGUCUUUCUUGCAUAGCCUUGCGCCACUCUUUCCGCUCCAUUUUUGUGGUUACUUUUUGCCAAAUUCGAUUGUGUUAUAGAAG